GUGACGUGCGGUCGGGAGUGGGCUCGGAGGCGGGCGCGCUCGGCAGGCGCUGUGGCCGCUACGCCGGGCCCGGGGACGCGUGCGGCCGCGGCGACGGGCGCCGUUCCUCCCCUCCGCGGCCAUGGCGGCGCUCGGCCGGCCCUUCGGCGGCCUCCCCCUGAGCGGCGGCGGCGGCGCCGAGUUCCUCCAGCCGCCGCCGGCCUUCGCGGGCCGGGCCUUCGCGCCGGGGCCGGACGGCGCCGAGCUGGCCCCGCGAGCCGGACCCCGCGUCGGCGCGAGCAGCCCGGGCGGGAGCGCGGCGCGCGGACGCUUCAUGCUUCACUGUAGGAAGAAGCACAAGCGCGAGGAAGAGGACGAUGAUUGUCCAGUAAGAAAGAAAAGACUAACUGAAGCAGGGCUCUGUGCUGGUCCUAAUGACUGGGUUCUUUGUGCACAUCAGGAUUUAGAGGGACAUGGAGUAAAUCUGUGCACUAGUGGCCUUUCUGCCCCUGGCAUGAUAGAUGUUGCUUGUGAAGAAAUGGAUCAGACAACUGGAGAACCACAGAGUGAAGUUGCCCGGAGAAAGCUUCAAGAAAUUGAAGACAGGAUAAUUGAUGAAGAUGAAGAAGUUGAAGCAGACAGAAAUAUUAACCAUCUCCCUAGUCUUGUCCUUUCGGAUACAAUGAAAACAGGUUUGAAGAGGGAAUUUGAUGAAGUCUUUACAAAGAAAAUGAUAGAGUCCAUGAGCCGUCCUUCCAUGGAACUUGUGCUCUGGAAACCUCUCCCUGAACUCCUCUCUGAUAAGCCAAAGCCAUCAUCUAAUGCUAAGAACUACCCAGGAGAGAGCCAAACUAAGCAUGCAACUCCUGCGACUGCCUUCUCUCAGAGAACUGAACUGUUCUUGGAGCCUCAGCAAUUAGCGAUGCCUGUUUACAGUAGUUUGGAGUCAGCAGCUUGCACAGAAGAAGAGAUGGAACUCUAGAAAUUGGUGUCUGCACUAAAGCUGUCCACAUUUAGAAGGCUCAUGUGUUCAGUCGUGAGUCAGUUUGUAUAGUAAGGGACUUGAGCAUUAUGAAACGGGUGUCUUAAUAUCUCCACCUAUGAUCUGGGGUGGGCCUCUCAUUUUGGGUAGCUAUUUCUGGAGUUCAGCAUUUUGCCAAGGAAGCGCAUCUCAAGGGAAAAGCAAUUUUUUUAGGGGACUUAAACGUGACAUUACAGACUACAGUGGCAAGUAUAGAAGCUAUAUGUGAGAGGGUGACUUAGUCAUCAUCAA